ACCGCCCUCCCGUCGUCCCAGUGCGCACGCGCGGCUGCGGCCCCGCCCCCGUUCCCCCGGCGCUCGGAGCCCGAGUCCGCGGGAAGAUGGCGGCGCCGCUCAUCCCCCUCUCCCAGCAGAUUCCCACUGGAAAUUCGUUGUAUGAAUCUUAUUACAAGCAGGUCGAUCCGGCAUACACAGGGAGGGUGGGGGCGAGUGAAGCUGCGCUUUUUCUAAAGAAGUCUGGCCUCUCGGACAUUAUCCUUGGGAAGAUAUGGGACUUGGCCGACCCAGAAGGUAAAGGGUUCUUGGACAAACAGGGUUUCUAUGUUGCACUGAGACUGGUGGCCUGUGCACAGAGUGGCCAUGAAGUUACCUUGAGCAAUCUGAAUUUAAGCAUGCCACCGCCUAAAUUUCAUGACACCAGCAGCCCUCUGAUGGUCACACCACCCUCUGCAGAGGCCCACUGGGCUGUGAGGGUGGAAGAAAAGGCCAAAUUUGAUGGGAUUUUUGAAAGCCUCUUGCCCAUCAAUGGUUUGCUCUCUGGAGACAAAGUCAAGCCAGUCCUCAUGAACUCAAAGCUGCCUCUUGAUGUCCUGGGCAGGGUCUGGGACCUCAGUGACAUUGACAAGGAUGGGCACUUGGACCGAGAUGAAUUCGCUGUGGCCAUGCACUUGGUGUACCGAGCCCUGGAGAAGGAGCCCGUGCCCUCUGCCUUGCCCCCGUCCCUCAUCCCACCCUCCAAGAGAAAGAAGACUGUGUUCCCUGGCGCCGUCCCCGUCCUGCCCGCCAGCCCCCCACCAAAAGACAGCCUCCGCUCCACGCCGUCCCACGGCAGCGUCAGCAGCCUCAACAGCACAGGGAGCCUGUCCCCCAAGCACAGCCUCAAGCAAACACAGCCAACAGUGAACUGGGUGGUGCCCAUGGCAGACAAGAUGCGAUUUGAUGAGAUAUUCCUGAAGACUGACCUGGACCUGGACGGCUACGUGAGCGGCCAGGAGGUGAAGGAGAUCUUCAUGCACUCGGGCCUCACCCAGAACCUUCUAGCACACAUAUGGGCUCUGGCCGAUACGAGGCAAACGGGGAAGUUAAGCAAAGACCAAUUCGCGUUAGCUAUGUAUUUCAUUCAGCAGAAGGUCAGUAAAGGCAUCGACCCCCCUCAAGUCCUCUCGCCGGACAUGGUCCCGCCUUCGGAGAGAGGCACGCCCGGCCCGGACAGUUCAGGCUCUCUCGGCUCUGGGGAGUUUACUGGCGUGAAGGAGCUUGAUGACAUCAGUCAAGAGAUCGCCCAGUUACAAAGAGAGAAAUAUUCACUGGAACAAGACAUUCGAGAAAAGGAAGAGGCAAUCAGACAGAAAACCAGCGAGGUACAGGAAUUGCAAAAUGACCUAGAUCGGGAAACAAGCAGUUUGCAGGAGCUCGAGGCUCAGAAACAGGAUGCUCAAGACCGCCUGGACGAGAUGGACCAGCAGAAGGCCAAGCUCCGAGACAUGCUGAGCGACGUCCGGCAGAAGUGCCAGGAUGAGACUCAGAUGAUCUCAUCACUGAAAACGCAAAUCCAAUCUCAGGAAUCUGACUUAAAGUCCCAGGAAGACGAUCUGAACCGAGCCAAGUCAGAGCUGAACCGAUUGCAGCAGGAGGAAACCCAGCUGGAGCAGAGCAUUCAGGCUGGGCGAGUCCAGCUGGAAACCAUCAUCAAGUCCCUGAAGUCAACGCAAGAUGAAAUCAACCAGGCAAGGAGCAAACUCUCCCAGCUGCAUGAAAGCCGCCAGGAGGCCCACAGGAGCCUGGAGCAGUAUGACCAGGUGCUCGAUGGAGCCCAUGGUGCCAGCCUGACCGACCUGGCCAACCUGAGCGAAGGCGUCUCCCUGGCAGAGAGGGGCGGUUUUGGAACCAUGGAUGAUCCUUUCAAAAAUAAAGCCUUGUUAUUUAGCAACAACACGCAAGAGUUGCAUCCGGAUCCUUUCCAGACAGAAGACCCCUUCAAAUCUGACCCAUUUAAAGGAGCUGACCCCUUCAAAGGCGACCCGUUCCAGAAUGACCCCUUUGCAGAACAGCAGACAACUUCAACAGAUCCAUUUGGAGGAGACCCUUUCAAAGAAAGUGACCCAUUCCGUGGCUCUGCCACUGACGACUUCUUCAAGAAACAGACAAAGAAUGACCCAUUUACCUCGGACCCAUUCACGAAAAACCCUUCCUUACCUUCGAAGCUCGACCCCUUCGAAUCCAGUGAUCCCUUUUCGUCCUCCAGUGUCUCCUCAAAAGGAUCAGAUCCCUUUGGAACCUUAGAUCCCUUCGGAAGUGGGUCCUUCAAUAGUGCUGAAGGCUUUGCUGACUUCAGCCAGAUGUCCAAGCCCCCACCUUCUGGCCCUUUCACCUCCUCCUUGGGAGGGGCAGGAUUCUCAGAUGACCCCUUUAAAAGUAAACAGGACACUCCUGCUCUGCCUCCGAAGAAACCUGCUCCUCCACGGCCUAAACCGCCCAGCGGUAAAAGUACACCUGUAAGCCAGCUUGGUUCCGCAGACUUUCCCGAGGCCCCCGAUCCAUUCCAGCCACUCGGGGCUGACAGCGGCGACCCGUUCCAAAGUAAAAAGGGGUUUGGGGACCCGUUUAGUGGAAAAGACCCAUUUGUCCCCUCCUCUGCAGCUAAACCUUCUAAGGCCUCUGCCUCGGGCUUUGCAGACUUCACCUCUUUUGGCAAUGAGGAGCAGCAGCUGGCGUGGGCCAAGCGGGAGAGCGAGAAGGCGGAACAGGAGAGGCUGGCGCGGCUGCGGCGGCAGGAGCAGGAGGACCUGGAACUGGCCAUCGCGCUCAGCAAGGCUGACAUGCCUGCCGCCUAGGCGAGGGCCGUGUGUAGGCGGGACAGGGCACGGGCGGGUUCCAGAGAGGGGGACAGUGCAGAUGUCUAUAUAUACACACACACGCCGUCGCCACCGUACUCCGAGGACCGGGACUUGGGGGCUCGUUCAGGGUGAGCAGACUCAGCUGCAAGACCUGGAAAGGUCAUCUCCUGGGGAAGCCCUUACAGAGGCCUUGGCCACCACUUCUGCAGGUCCGUCUCUGCACUGUGCCAUCCCCCCCGGGGCUAACUGCCUCCCGCUGUUCCUCUGGGAAGGAACACACAGCGGUCAGUCGAGGAGAGGAAGCACCCAGGGCUUCCCCGCCUCCUCCCUACUCAUAGCUGCAGACAUCCCCGCCCGCCCUUCCACGCAUCAGUCAGACACUCCCCCAGUGGUGUAUGCACUCAUUGUAUAAAAUGAAGUUUGAAUGAUUAAUAUAAAAUAUUUUAAUACAAAA